GCUGCCAAUGGCUUCUCCGCAGGGAUCUCACUGGGAACGCGCUCGCCCUCAUCCCCCCGCAGGCGUGGAAGGGAUACCCGUGGGCAGAGAAGCUGGUCCUCCAGGACAACAGCCUGCGGGCAGUGAAGAGGCGCUCGCUGGAGGGGCUGCUCCUGCUGAGGCACCUGGAUUUAUCUUACAACAAAAUCCAGUCAAUUGAGGCACGUGCUUUUGAGAACCUUCCUUUCCUGGAGACGCUAAACCUGGAGGGAAAUCUCAUCACCGAGAUCCGGAACGACACCUUCCGGGCAUGGCAUGGGAUGCAGUUCCUGCAGACACUGAUCCUGAGCCGUAACCCCCUGUCUGUUAUCGAGGACACGUGGUUCUUCAAGCUGCCUUCAGUCACCCAUCUGGACCUGAGUGCCACACGAGUGACUCGGCAGACACUGCUCAUGCUGCUGCUGAGAACAUCCCGCCUGGAAACACUCAAGCUGUCCAACAACACAGCCUGCUGCCUCUGCCAGCACAAGCACAGCACCGAGACCCCGUGCAGGACCCUCAGCUUUGACUGCGCGAGCGUGUGCAGCACCAGUGCUCCCCGCUGCGCUCCUCUGGCAGAGACACCAGGACACCUAAUGGGAGCGGUGGCACCCAGGAAGGGGAGCAGCAGCUCCAUAUUGAAGGUCCAGCCCAAGGAGCCUUUGCUCACAGAGCAGAGAACGGUCACGCUCGCCGUUGUCCUGAGCCUCGCCCGCCCCGAUGCGUCGGCACCUUCCCCUCAGCAGCUCUCGAGGCAGGAGGGCAGCACCGCCAAGGAGCUGACACAGAUGCUGCAGAGGGUUCAGCACAAGGGCUGGAGCAGCUCCGUUGACACCAGGAGUUUCUAUUUCCUGGCAGAGGGGCUCGUGGCACAGCUCAGGACCAAGCUGCACAAGACAAUGAGCACCCUGACUCUGCAAAUCCCCAGCGCAGCCCGGCCGCUGCAGAGGGAUGAGGGGCAGGAGGUGCCAGCAGGGCAGGGAGGAAGAGCCACAAGCUGGCAAUAUCAUGAGCCUGGCUUGGGCUCAUCCCAGGCAGAAUCCACCAUUUUGGAAGCGGCCCAGAGGUUGAACCUCAGUGACGUCCUCCCAGCCUCCAACAACCAGAGAGCACCCAUUGCUCCUGUAGCACAGCCCCCUCCACGAUACCGAACGGAGGCACCGCAUCUGGCCUGGUCUGGCGGGAGUCAGGAUCAUUCAGACACCGUUGAACAGACCAGCACGGCCGAUGGGUUUCAGGAUGAGGAGAGUGCAGAAGACCUGGAUGAAGCACCAUCUCCAGCGCACAACUCUGCUGGGAGUGACACCCUGCUCAGCCACCACCUGCACUCACUGGUGCCAGACCGAGCCGUGCAGAGGUUCGUGGAACACAUGGCUCGAGCCCUGCGCGGGGACUGCGGCCUGCCCCAGCUCCAGCCGGCCUGUGCCAGGAUGGUCUCGAGGACGGGGCUGCUCCUCAAGCUGCUGAGUGAGAGGCAGUGCGACCCGGAGCCCUCUGACAUCCUGAAGCAGUGCGUGUGGGAGGAGGACGCCGGCUCCUCGCCUCCCUGUGCCCAGGUCCAGGCCAGGGAGAUGGGCAGCGAGCCUGCAGAGACGGAGAUGGCCAAGCACACCUCUGGCCACACGCUCCUGCUGGCGAUCUCACUGUCCUGCCUCAACACGUUUACUCUCCUGGUGCUGUGCUGCUUCAAGGUUUGCGCCAAGAAACGUGACCAGGCUUCCCAAGCCAGCAGCGGUUGUGGCUUGAAAAGCUGCUUUCAGAAGCUGCGGCCCAAGUGCUGGAGCAGGACCAAGGACACGGACACGGACAAGAAUGAGCUGGUUGAGCAUCGGAUCCCAUUCGGUCACUGCCCACGGGGACUCGUCAUGAAGACAGUGGGCUGGUGUUUGGCCAUCUGGCCCCAGAGCGCCCCGAGCCCUGGAGCAAUGAUCUCUCUCCAUAGAGAAGGAUGCUGCAGGCCCAUGGUGAAUAUCAUGGAGUUCAACAUGACCAAGUGCUGCCAUAUGACGAGAAGGCUCCAGAGAGACGUUACAGUAUCUCCAAAUGCCUGAAAGGGAUACAGGAGAUCUGGAGAGGCACUUUGUACACAGGCCUGUAAUGACAGGACAAGAAAGCUUUAGUUUAGAUAUUAAGAACAAGUUCUGUGGAAUCACCAAUAAAACUGUUGGCUUGUUUGUUCA